AUAAAUAUCAUUGUCUUUCGAUACUUGGAUCAAAAUGACUAAACUUUUAAGUUUACUGAAAGUUGUUUGCAUUGUAGCGGCGAUCGGUUCGACUCAAUCGGCCGAUCAAUGCUUGAACUUUCCGUCGGGAAUCCAGCGUAUGGUCAGAGAGAGCACUCGUAUCACGGCCGAUCAAUGCUUGAACUUUCCGUCGGGAAUCCAGCGUAUGGUCAGAGGUAUUGAUGUGACAAAACUGGAUUUGUCUCCACAAGACUUGGCUCAGUCUAAUGGCUUUCAGAGAGCACUCGUAUCAUUGACUUGCAUUCAGGGCAAGAAAUGGCAGCACCCCUUCGACCCAACCCUUGUCUUUGACAUUCCCGAUCAGGUCGACACCAUUAACACCCUUCCCGGAGGUGUUCUCAACACAAAGGCAACUCUGAUUGAAACCAUUGAAGACUUUAAAAAGUCGAAGGGAUUUGAUUUGGGUCUCGAUGUAGAUACUGUGUCUUAUGGUGCAUACGGUGUGAGCGGUUCCUUUAAACAGGCACAGGAAGACCUGGUUAACUCUACCAAAUCAAUAGUUGAGGUGUCUGCAUUUGUUUCGGCCAUUCGUGUCGAUAUGAGCCCAUACUAUGAGAUCACACCAAACAAAGAGUUUCAAGACUUUGUCGAAAAACAAUUGCCCGAAACUAUAGCCGCAAACCCCGCCAAAUACCAGGAGUUUGUCGAUACGUUUGGCACCCAUUACUUUGACAGCGCUUUCUUCGGCGGAUUUGUUCAGCAGUCGAUUGAAUUGUCAUCAAAUCUGAACCUAAAGAUGUCUGAGAAGGACAUCAAAGAUCAACGACAUGUGACCCUUAAUUAA